AAAACAAGGGAGAACUAAAGCCACAUUUAUUCACAAGCAUACAGUGAACUCAUAGAAUUAACAUUUGAAAUCACAAAAACUCUCAAGAAAAACCAUCUAAAAUGGAUUCCAGUCCUAAUCAAACCCAAAAACCACAUCCUGUAUUCGUACCAUUUCCAGCACAGGGUCAUGUGAAUCCUUCCAUGCAGUUAGCCAAACUCUUCCGUUGCAACGGUUUCCACAUAACCUUUGUCAACACCGAGUUCAACCACAAACGUUUGAUUAAAUCUCUUGGAGAAGAGUUUGUGAAAGGUCUCCCAGAUUUUCAAUUCGAGACCAUACCUGAUGGUUUACCAGAAUCAGAUAAGGAUGCAACACAGGAUAUUCCAACGUUGUGUGAUUCAACUAGGAAAAACUGUUAUGGUCCAUUCAAAGAGCUUGUGAUGAAGCUCAACACUUCAUCACCAUAUCCAGUUACAUGCAUAAUUGCUGAUGGAACUUUCGGGUUUGCUGGAAGAGUGGCAAGAGAUUUAGGGAUCCCAGAGUUACAGCUAUGGACAAAUUAUGCCUCUCUACUUUUGUGGUUUCUAUUAUGCAUCAUAGUAACAAAUUAUGCUAAUGUAAAUGUGUUCGAGAAAUAUAUUUAG